AUGAGUUCUCAACAAUCCCAGCUCAAAGAGGAUUUCACAAUUCUCUUUGGCGGCAAAAAGUUUCCUGUUGUCAAGUUCAAAGCAUCUUUAUAUUCAAGAAAGUUCAGGGAAUUAGUUGCUGGUACAGAUUUGACAUCUCUUACAAUAGACGUACCAAUAAAGGAAGACUACUUUGUACAAUUCGUCAAUGCAAUACAAGGUGAAGAGUAUACAAUUACAAGUGAAAGCGUUUAUGAUUUGUUUAGUUUGAGUUUGAUUUGGAAAGUUGAUACUUUAUAUUCAGAACUUAGAUCUUUUAUCGAUGAAGGACCUGAUAUCAGUAUGGUAAUCAAGAAAUUGCUUAGUACAGAUCAAAAACUUGUUGAAGGACUUGAUGAAAUCAUUGCAUUGAAUUUUGACAGAGCAUUAAAGAAUGAUAAGUUCGCAAACUUACCUUUAGAGUUUAUACUCAAAUGUGUUGAUAAUCCAAACAUAAAAAUCAAAGAUCAAAGUAAUUAUUUCAAAUUUGUUCAAAAAAUGCUUCAAAUGCAUGGAAAACCUGCAUCAGCGUUAUCAAAAGGAAUCGAUUUUUAUUACCUUACAAGAGAUGAAGCUAUUGCUUUCCUUGAUAAUCCAAAUCUCGAUCCAGUCAUUGCUGCCGAUACUUUAAUUAAGCUGACAAAACUAUAUGUCUCAGAAACAACACUAAUUGAAUCGAAAAUUGAGAAAAUGUACAACUCUGUCUCUCAAAUGCACAGUCCAUCAACUUCUGUUGAUACGAUCCUCAAAUGUAUCGAUCUACUCAUGGACGAUAUUACCGGUUUGGUUCAAAAAGUGAACAGUGGAGCCAAAACGUUCAAAAAUGACGUAUCUGAGAUAGAAACUCGUUUAGUUUCCAUGGAAAAGCGUGCCAAAGACGAGCGCAGGAAGCAAGAUAAAGAAAUCGAAGACUUUAGAGGACAAUUGAAGAUAUUAGAAAAUAAAUAUGAACAAACCAAAGAAAUUAUCAGCGAACAAGCAGUUCCUGGCUCACCAAAGUCUCCUAAAUCACCUCAGAAGAGCCUUAUUAUUGACGAACAAGAAACUGAAACUCCGUUAGCAAAUAGGCAUCUAACGAACAUCUCUUUUAACGCUGAAGAGCCUUUAAAUGGUGUAUUAUCAUCACUCGCACAACUAGCGAACGGAAAUGUCAGUGAAAACGGAAUUGUCAAAAUUACAUCGAGUUCUAGUGAUCAUGGCUGUCCAUGGCAGGUAGCAGAUAGAGGCUGGAACAAUUACUGGUUCAGCCAGAAUAAGGCUGGCCAGUUUAUUCUCUUCGAUUUUAUGCAAAGACAAAUAGUCGUAAAUAAAUAUACGAUAAAGACCAUAAAAUUCUCAGAAGAUUCGUGUCACCUUAAAACAUGGGCAAUAGAAGCAUCCAAUGAUCUUAUUAAUUGGGCAAUUCUCGAUGAAAGAGAUACGAACGAAUUAAAUGGCUCAAAUAAAGUCGUAUCAUUUGAUUGCCAAAGCGGAAAUAAUGUUAGUUAUAGAUACGUAAGGCUUAGAAUGACAGGACCAAACGCUCGUGGUGAUAAUUUACUGGCUUUGAAUAACAUGGAAUUCUUUGGAGUUCUCGUUGAUUUAUAA